GAUGUCUGCAGUCCUGUCAGCUCCUGGAGAGACUCAAUUCUGGGCUCUUUUGUUUGGUUGCUAGGACUUUAAGCAGCUCCGGAGGAGGGCCUAGCUUUAGUAGCGGGUCAAGGGUGUAGAGUUGGGGGAAGAGAAGGCCGGAGGCGGAGAAGAGUGCCUACCCUUCCCGGCGUUCCUCGGGCCGGCGCCUCCCCUCUCUGUGGAGGUGGCUGUCACAUGGGCGGAGCUAGACGACAUUUCUGCGGCUGCAGUGUAGGAGUGCGUCCCGGUGUCCUGGAGCGGAAGGAAUACCAGAGGCCAAAGGGCUCCCCUGAUGCUGACAGUUCCACGACCUAAAAUCCCACUAGAAUUUGUCUUACAGAGCGGAUCCCUCCCCACCCCCACCUCCCAAAGGCACAAACAGAAAACAAGUACUGGGCAUUGAAUGUAGGGCCUCAUCCAUGCUAAGCAGGUACUCUACUACUGAGCUACAUCUUCAGGACUUUUUUAAUUUUUGAGAUAGUCUCAUUAAGUUACCCAGAAUGGCUUCCAACUAGCCAUCCUCUUGCUUCAACUUGAGACAUAGGUAUGUGACGCAUUCCCAGAUCCUUCAGCCAACUCAACAUCAGCUACUUCUUUGUGAUUGGGUCCAGAUUAAGGUUCUCCCAAGACAGACUUCAUUGGAUCCACGUUCAAGAAGACUGCCAGGGUUUCCUGAGUCCCCUACAUCGCUGUAAAGUGCCAAGGCCUUAAGACUUGGUUACGUGUAUUACAACAGCAAGAGUGCCAGCACCAGGAAAAGACUCAUUGGACCUCUCAGCUUCUCUGUAUCACCAAAUGUAAUAACCUUAUCAACAAAGUAGAUCACGGUAUAGAACCCUUGUUUCCUGGUUUCUAGGAAGCAUGAGUCUGUUGAGAUGUGGGACAAGAAGGAAACAAGAUAUCUUCACAAAUAAACCCAGGCACUAAAAAGAAGUAGUCCAAACUCUUAACUCGAUAGAACACAACCAUGAUGGACAGUGGACUUCCGGAUCCUCCAGAGGAGACUCAAAAGAAUUUGGAAAAUGAUCCAUCAGUAAAUUCCGAGGAACAGGAAACCACAGUCACAGCAAAUUCCUCUGAAGAAUCUCAGACACCAUCCCCCGCCUCUGAUCUUAAAGACCACCAAGAGCUACAGGCAGAAGGUUCAGAAAGUACAGAUAUAGGUGAGAAAUCAGAAAGUUCAAGUGAAACAGAUUUUGGGAACUGUUCAAAAGAUAAAACAGAGAAUGAGAACAACCUGAGUUUUCAGGAUGGGAAACAAAAGGAUCACCUCCCUUCAGAAAAUCUGGGUAAAGAACCCUUGGAUCCAGAUGCUAAUCAUUCUCCAAGUGCCAAGGGAGGAAGAGCAAAUGCAAACUUCGGAAGCUGCUCUACCUCCCUCCCUGAGGAAGUAAAUGACAGAACCGAAGCUUCUCAGGAGCCAUCUACUACAGACUCCCAGGAGGCCAGAGCUCCCAGCCAUUCCAGAGCAGAGAGUCAGGAUUUACUGAGGAAGCGACUGCCUUCACCAGAGGCUGAAAGUCAUGAACAAGAAACACGAACACUGGGAGAAAACAAAGAGAUUGCACAGGAUACUAUAAAAAAGGUUAAGAAAAAGAGUUUUUGGAACUAUGGCCCCAUGUUUAUUGGCUUCCUGGUUGUGGCUUUUGUGUUAAGUUCUGUUAGUAGCUACUAUUCAUCUCCAGCCCAGCAAGUGCCCCCAAAUCCAGCUUUGGAGGCCUUCUUGGUUCAGUUUCGCCAGUUAAAGGAUAAAUUUCCAGGCCAGAGUUCCUUCCUGUGGCAGCGAGGACGUAAGUUUCUCCAGAAGCACCUCAAUGCUUCAAACCCCACCGAGCCAGCCACCAUCAUAUUUACAGCAGCUCAAGAGGGAAGAGAGACCCUGAAGUGCCUGAGCCACCAUGUUGCUGAUGCCUAUACCUCUUCCCAGAAAGUCUCUGCCAUUACAAUUAAUGGGGCUGAGAGAGCCUUGCAGGACAGUGACACAGUCAAGCUGUUUGUUGACUUGGAGCUGAGCUAUGGAUUUGAGAAUGGCCAGAAGGCUGCUGUGGUACACCACUUUGAAUCUCUUCCUGCAGGCUCCACUUUGAUCUUCUACAAGUAUUGUGAUCAUGAGAAUGCUGCCUUUAAAGAUGUCGCCCUUGUCCUGACUGUUCUACUGGAAGAAGAAACAUUAGAAGCAAAUGUAGGCCCAAGAGAAACUGAAGAAAAAGUGAGGGAUUUACUCUGGGCCAAGUUUACCAACUCAAACACCCCCAGCUCCUUCAACCACAUGGAUUCAGACAAAUUGAGUGGGCUGUGGAGCCGUAUUUCACAUCUGGUGCUGCCCGUCCAGCCAGUGAGGAGCAUAGAAGAACAAGGGUGCUUUUUAUAAAGCUAAGCACAGAGUUGGUUAUGGAAGGCCUCAGCUUAUGAAAAAGUCAGUUUAAAAGGCCUUUAAAAGGAGGUUGAUAAAUGUGAGGGAAUAGCCUGAGAAACACAAGUGAACUAAUUUUAGAAAGGAAGCUUAUGUUUUACUAUUUGUAAAAUCUUUCUAAUGUAAGCUUUGAGAAAGCUAAAAAUCGACAUGACGUGAUUUUCUUUGCCUUUUCAAGCAAAUCAGAUUUAAAAUAUUGUAUAUAAAACUAAGGAAUUUUUUAAAACCCAAAGAUAAUAGCAACAGAACCAUUGUACAGGAAGAUAUUCUCAGAGUAACUACAGCGUGAGUUUUGCUUUCUUGAGUAAGACUCUGAAGAUCUAUUUGGAUAGUCUUUGGAGUAAAGUCCAUAUACUAUUAUUAAGCAGUGGUAAUUUUUAGAAAAUGUUUGUAUUACACGUUGAAUAUUUUUUAAACUCACUUUAAUUGUUGUAGGAUUAUGUCUUAUACUUAAUUUACACUUAAGUGGUAUGAAAAAAGAAAUAAUAAUUUAAACCAUUAAAUCUUUAUCUAAUACUAUGUAAGGCACUGUACUUUAAUUCUGUUAGGGAGCUGAGGUAAAGACAGCUAUGUUCAAAAAAAUAUUCUUAAAUAUUGGAGUGAAUGGGGAAAUUGAUUAUUAUGGAAAUUAGGAAGUCCUAGGUAGCUGCAUCUUUCCUUCAGCUUUCUUGAAUGACUUUUUUUUUGGGGGGGGUACCAGGGAUUGAACUCGGGCCCUUGUGCUUGUGAGGCAGGCGCUGGAACCACUGACCUAAAUCGCCGGCCUUUGAAUGACUUUUGAAUAGUGGUUCUUGAACUACCAGCACGUCUCCUCUCUCUCAUUAGUUCUGCUUUUGACUGUUUUAUAUGUUGGGGUUCUGUGUAAGAUUCCAUUGGGACAAGGAGUUUGACAAUAUUGAAGUUUGAAAACGAUUAAGUGAGAAAAUAUCUUAGAGAUAGGAAGUAAGUAGAAAAAAUUAUUCAGAGUAUUAAAACAUGAAUAGGAAGAGAAAAUAGAAGUUUAUAGAGCAAAAAUAGUUGCUGAGCAAAAUGUAUAAGCUAGCAUAACAUUUUUCUGAUGCUUUUGUUCAUGUCCAUUAAACACUUCUGUCCAUGCUGAAUAGAGUUUUUAUAAUUGUCUAGGAUUAAAAAAAACCAGUCUCUUUCUUUCUUUUGUGUACUGAGACUUGAACCCAGAGAGAGCACAGCUACAUCAUCAGCCUUUUAAAACUUAGACAGUAUCUCACUAAUUAUCCUAGGCAGACCAUGAACUUGGUAAUUCUCCUUCCUCAGUUUCCUGAGUAUCUGGGAGUACAAUUGUGUUCUACUGUGUCUGGCAGAAGUUGAUAACCAAUUUUCAUAGUAGCUCUUAUAUGGGCACUUUGGUAUAACUUUACCAAGUGGUUUAUUUGCUGCACUGUGAUAAACUUUUGUAAUGCAGCUCAUUUCUUGACAGAAGUACCAUUUUGUUAAAAAUUAGAUGCAGAAGAUGUUAAUUUAGUGAGAAAAAGCAAAAAUGGUAGAUAUGCAGAAGUUUUAAUAGCCCAAAUCAGUUGUUAGACCAUGUUCUUUGAAUGUAAGAAAGAUUUAGAACAGUGUGUAUGGAUAGUAAUAGUUGAUUAUAUUUGAGCUCUGAAAGCAGAAAUUAGUAAAAUCAUCCAGACCUAUCAGAGUGUGUUCCAAUACAUGGUCUAGGAAUGUUUUUACUAAGUUUUGGCCUCACUACUUUUUUUUUUGGUACCGGGGAUUGAACUUGGGACCUUGUGCUUGUUAGGCAGGUGGUGG